AUGUCUUCCAGUGUCGACGUUAACAGCACUGAGGGGUUGAGUCGUCGGACCAGAUCGAAGGUCAGGGAGGCUAAUGAAAGUACCCCCAUCCCUGAUGGCGAAGAAAUCGAUGCCGGAGACGCAAAAUUGGAGCAGGAAAAUGAAGCUCAAGAGUUCAACAGCGCAUUAGCUUCAUUUGAAAGUUGGUUUGCACCAAUCUUCUUCACAGCUCUUUCGUUUGUCGUUAGAUUGUACAGAAUCCUGAUUAACGACAGUGUUGUGUGGGACGAAGCCCACUUUGGAAAGUUUGGUUCUUACUACUUGAGACACGAGUUUUACCAUGAUGUCCACCCUCCUUUAGGGAAGAUGUUGGUGGGAUUGUCUGGUUACAUUGCCGGCUACAACGGUUCAUGGGACUUCCCAAGUGGUGAAAAAUUUCCCGACUACAUCGACUACACCAAGAUGAGAGUUUUCAACGCCGUGUUUUCUAGUUUGUGUGUGCCUUUGGCGUACUACACCUUCAAGGAAAUCGGAUUUCAGACCAUUACUACUUGGUUAUUCACCACCAUGGUAUGUUUGGAAUUGAGUUACGUGACUUUGGGACGGUUCAUUUUGUUGGACUCCAUGUUGUUAUUUUUCACUGUUGCAACCGUGUUCUGUUUCCUGAGAUUUCACAACUUAAACGAGAAGCCUGAUAAAUGGUUCUCGAGAAAAUGGUGGAAAUGGUUGUUGUUGACAGGUUUCUCCAUCGGAUGUACUUGCUCGGUUAAGAUGGUGGGAUUAUUUGUUACUACUUUAGUGGGAAUUUACACAAUCGUUGACUUGUGGAACAAGUUCGGGGAUAAAUCUAUUUCUUGGACCAAAUACUUCUAUCAUUGGUCGGCCAGGAUUAUCGGAUUGAUUGUGGUUCCUUUAUUAAUUUUCUUGACUUGUUUCAAGGUGCAUUUCGAUUUGUUGUAUAAGUCUGGAACUGGAGAUGCCAACAUGUCUUCGUUGUUUCAAGCCAACUUGGUUGGUUCUGAUGUGGGCGGUGGUCCAAGAGAUGUCACUGUCGGCCAUUCGGUUAUUACCUUGAAGAAUCAGGGUUUGACUGGUGGCUUAUUACACUCUCACGUCCAAGCUUUUCCUGAAGGUUCCAAGCAACAGCAAGUGACCACAUAUUCCCACAAGGACUCGAAUAAUAAUUGGGUUUUCCAGAGAGCUAGAGGAUUAGAUCACUUUGAUCCCCAAGAAAACAAGGACCUCGAAUACGUUGUUGAAGGAAUGGUGGUCAGAUUACUUCACCCAAUGACUGGUAGAAACUUGCACUCUCACAAUGUUCAAGCUCCAGUCACCAAGAAUCAUUAUGAAGUUGCCGGGUAUGGGAACCAGACUAUCGGUGAUAAUAAGGACAAUUGGGUCAUUGAGAUUGUUGAACAAAGUGGAGAUGAAGACAAGGAUAAACUUCACCCAUUAACCAGUUCUGUCAGAUUCAAGAACACGGUAAUGAACUGUUACUUGGGAGUUACCGGCGCGUCGUUGCCAGCCUGGGGGUUCAGACAAGGUGAAGUGGCCUGUUUCAAAGACCCUUUUAAAAAGGACAAGAGAACCUGGUGGAACAUUGAGAGUCACGUCAACACGUUAUUGCCUCCACCUCCAGAAGACUUUAAGUUACCCAAAACUCGUUUUAUUAGAGACUUUAUUCAAUUAAACUUGGCCAUGAUGGCCACUAACAAUGCCUUGGUACCCGACUAUGAAAAACAAGAUGACUUGGCCUCUUCCGCUUGGGAAUGGCCUACUUUACACGUUGGAAUCAGAUUAUGUUCUUGGGCCAACGAUAAAGUAAAGUACUUUUUGAUCGGAUCCCCUGCUACCACCUGGCCCUCCACCGCGGGAGUGGUGUUUUUUGCCGGCUUGGUGUUGUGGUACUUGCUCAGAUGGCAAAGACAAUUCAACGACUUUGAUGGUCAACUGCACAAGUUGAAGUUGUUCAUCAUGGGAGGUAUCUAUCCAAUGUUCGGUUGGGGGUUGCACUUUGUACCAUUUGUCAUCAUGGGAAGAGUUACCUACGUGCAUCACUACUUGCCUGCAUUAUACUUUGCCAUGAUGAUUCUUUGUUUCUUGAUUGAACAUUUGACCACUCCUUUGAGAAAGUCUAGUAGUAGGGCCCUCAACUUGAUCUAUGUUGGCGUAUAUUCGCUGUUUUUUGGUGUUGUGGUAGGAUGUUUCUGGCACUGGAGAUACGUUGCCUGGGGUAUGGAAGGACCCAAAUCUAACUGGGCCUACCUUGACCUAUUGAGCACCUGGAGAAUUGCCAACGACAGCACCCAAUAG